UCCGUAGGAGAAAGCUGCGGAUUGACCCCUGUAAAAUAAUCGCUCAAUUGUUCGCCGAAAUUAUGAGAAAACUUCGAUAGGACAAACAAAGGUCAAAUGUAUAGGAUAUGCGUUGUACCAAUAAGCACCAUACUUUCCAAGUAAAUAUCAGCUAUAUGGCGAAUAUAUAAUAAAUCAAAUUGAUUCGAGUGUUUGUAAAAUAACGCACUGUCCAUACUUUACAAUGAAAACAGAGGAUGUAGGAUUUUUGAGGACACUAAUCGUAGGAAAGUUUCCUAUUUUUUUCCUGUUUAAUUGUGGUGUCCUUCAACACAGUGUAUUACGGUAUAUGUCAAACAGGAAGUGUUCGGCUUUCGCACAGUAGGUAAUGCGUGACCAGUUUGCAGAUGAAACAACUCAAGAUUUUUUAUUUCUGCUAUAGCCAGUGCUAGAGAAUUCUGUAUUUUUGAUUGCACUUGAAAUAAUAUCUAUCAAACAACAAAGUGACUAGGAAGUAUAAAGAAUGUUACAAGUUGGGUCUGUAAAUAUUCUCAGGAGAAAGUCAUGUGUCCGUGGCUCAAUAUUCUUCAACUUCAAAUAUUGCUGUCAUAUAGCGUUUAGGAAACUGAGAAUUUGCGAAGCGCUUAAUGGAGAUGAAGUCGGAAAUCAUGUAAAAAUACAGGGCUGGGUCCGAUCUGUUCGAGCACAGAAGAAUGUUCUCUUCCUCGAUGUCAAUGACGGCAGCUCGAAGAAGAGUCUCCAAGUGGUCGCUGAUCCACAACUGAAUGACAAGAAUCUUACAUUUGGAAGUUCUGUGCAAAUCUCUGGAAGUCUGACAAGAAGUUCUCACAAAAAGCAGAAUGUUGAGCUCCAUGCACAGCAGAUCCUGGUAGCUGGGCAGUGUGACCCUUUGGAUUUUCCAUUUAAAGUAAAGGAAAGACAUGAUAUGGAAUACAUCAGGCAGUUUCCCCAUUUGCGCUGUAAAACAAACACAUUUAGCUCUUUGCUGAGGAUACGGAGUGAGGCCACAUCUGCCAUUCAGGCAUUUUUUAAGGAGAAUGGAUUUUUGCAUGUUCAUACGCCAAUCAUCACUUCAAAUGACUGUGAAGGAGCUGGUGAACUGUUUAAGGUUGAACCCUCAGGUCAGGAUAAAAACCCGGAAGAAACCCAGGUGCACUUCUUCUCCAUCCCGACUUUCCUGACUGUUUCUGGACAGCUUCAUCUAGAGGUCAUGACUGGGGCUUUUUCACGCGUUUACACGUUCGGCCCGACUUUCCGAGCAGAAAACUCUCAAAGCAGACACCACCUGGCAGAGUUUUACAUGGUGGAAGCUGAGAUCGCUUUCACAGAGUCGCUGGAGGACAUCAUGAUGGUUAUGGAGAAUCUGUUUAAAUUGACCACAGAGAGAGUUCUUGAUAAAUGUGCAGACGAUGUACAGUUGUUUCACAAGUAUGUUGCACCUGGACAUUGGGACAGUCUACAUGUCAUGCUGAAGAAUAAAUUCAAGGUGAUCACUUACAGUGAAGCCAUUGACCUGCUGAAACGUAGUUCUGAGAACUUUGUUUUCAAAACAGAGUGGGGCUGCGAUUUGCAAAAAGAGCACGAGCACUACCUGGUGAAGCACUGUGGUGACGUCCCAGUGUUCGUCAUCAACUACCCCUAUGAGCUGAAGCCUUUCUACGCCCGGGAUAACAACGACGAGCCCCGCCACACUGUGGCCGCUGUCGACCUGCUGGUGCCAGGGGUGGGAGAGCUGUGUGGGGGCACUCUCCGAGAGGAGAGGGAGCGGCUCCUGGGGGCACGGCUAGCAAAUGCUGACAUGAAGGAGCAAUAUCAGUGGUACUUGGAAUUGAGACAGUUUGGCUCAGUUCCUCACGGUGGGUUUGGAAUGGGCUUUGAACGCUACUUGCAGUGUGUUCUAGGAGUGAACAAUAUUAAAGAUGUGAUCCCAUUUCCUAGAUUUUCUCACUCAUGUCGACUGUAAAAGUGUAUUACAUAAACAUUUUUGCUAACAAAUGUAAAAUAAAGGAAACUUUCAUCUUAA